AUGAUGAUCGAAGCAAAUACAAACUAUGAAGCAUUGGCAACAUUCUUUCGAACAGCUCCCGAAGAAAUGUUGUGUGAAAUUAUUUCAUUUAUUCCAUUCCGAGACAUGAUUCACAUGUUUCUUCUCUCAAAACACUAUUACGAAUUAUUGAUAAAUAGUGAAGUGUUGUUUCACAAAUUGUGUCUUGUAUUUUGCAAGAUCAAUGACAUACCAUUGAGUGUUAUUGAUCAUCAAAUGAAAUUACUUUUGAAAAACGAUGAAUUUAAUAAUAACAAAAAUCAUAAUAAUCAAAAUAAUAUUACCAACUUGGAAUCAAAUAUUGAACAUCAAUCCAUUCGAAACUAUUUACAAGUUCUCAAACGUAUCAUUCGAAUGCAUGGCUAUUCGUGGGAUACUGAAUUCACCUAUUACCAAAACUCAACAAAAUACUCCACAGUUUAUACGUGUGAUGAACGAACAUUGUGUGUCUUGGAAAAACCCUCUCAUGGAGAUUUUGUAACUGUGAAAGCAAGAAAAUUAUUGAUUCCAGGUCAUGUCUAUUCAUGGAGAUUUGAUCUUGAAUCUUACAAACCAGAACAAGUUUCCAAUGGUUUCAAAGUAAUGCUUGGUGUUGAGUCUCUGGAUUUCUUUCCAUUUGGAGAACAAAGUAGCGGCGAUGUCAUUGCAUGGCAAAGUGCAUCCAAAGGUUGUGCAUUAAUUCUUGGUCCAAAAGAAGUCAUUCGAAGUGCAUGUUCGGAUAAAACAGAUGCCACACUAAAACUUCAAACCAUGAAGUCUGACGAAUAUACUGAAUUCCAAACAGGUGAUUCCAUUAUUGUGGAAUUUGAUUUUCGUGUGAAAAUUGUGACAGAUCCACAAGCAGAAGCAUUCCGUGAAAAAUAUCGAAAGAAAUUGAACACAACUUGUCGAUUGGAAAAGUAUUUCUCUGGGAAGCAGACGAUCACUUCUGGAGAUGAUGCUCGAGGAAAGAUUCGAUUUUCCUUAUUACGAAAAAAUCAUUUCGAUGGAGACAAACCAAAGAUUCACAGAUUGACAGAGUGGUUGGAAUUUGGAGAGUCCCGUUUUGCACCCUACGUGCCAGCAUGUAGUGUUAAUAAGCAUCAAAGUAUUUCCAUUCAUCCCAAUUUUUAUGAUCAAUAA